AUGGCUCCCAACAACCUGCCCCCCGUCUUGGAUGCCACCAGCAAUGACAUUGAGAUGCUCCUCGCUUCCCAGGCUCACCUGGGCAGCAAGAACCUCCAGGUUCACAUGGAGCCCUACCUCUGGAAGACUCGCCAGGAUGGUGUCAACGUGAUCAACAUUGGCAAGACCUGGGAGAAGAUUGUCCUUGCCGCUCGCAUCAUCGUCUCCAUCGAGAACCCUGCCGACGUUUGCGUUAUCUCUGCCCGUCCCUACGGCCAGCGUGCUGUCCUCAAGUUCGCCGCCCACACCGGUUCUUCCCCCAUCGCCGGUCGCUUCACCCCCGGUUCCUUCACCAACUACAUCACCCGUUCGUUCAAGGAGCCCCGUCUGAUCGUCGUUACCGACCCUCGCACCGACGCUCAGGCCAUCAAGGAGGCCUCGUACGUCAACAUCCCCGUCAUCGCCCUCUGCGACACCGACUCGCCCACCGAGUACGUCGACGUUGCCAUCCCCACAAACAACAAGGGCCGCAACGCCAUCGGUACCAUCUGGUGGCUCCUGGCCCGCGAGGUCCUGCGCCUCCGUGGUACCAUCUACAACCGCGAGACCGCCUGGGACGUCAUGCCCGAUCUGUACUUCUACCGCGACCCUGAGGCCGAGGCUGAGGAGAAGGUCGAGGAGGAGAAGCUCCCCGGUGUUGAGGAAGAGGGUGCCGCCGCCAUCGAGUCCGGCUUCCAGCAGGCCGGUGCCGACUGGGAGGCUCCCGCCCCCGGCUUCGCUGGUGCCCCCGCUACUGGCAACUGGGACGGCGCUGCCGGCGCUGGUGUUGAGGACUGGGCCGCUGCCGGCCAGCCCGCCACCGAGUGGUCCAACGAGGCCGCUAAGGAGACCCAGUGGUAG